CCUGUUGCACAGCAUCAUAAUCGUGACAGAGUAUACUCACUGUAUGCCGUAGCUCUAAUUUUUGCCGUCCCGGCACUGGGCGGUUUUAAUUUUGGUUUUGACAUUGGCGCUACGUCGUACGCCAUCGUCCAAAUGCAGUCUCCUGUCUUGUCUGGAGUGUCAUGGUUUCAUACUGUUUUAUCUUCGCCAAUAUUACGCGGUACUAUUCUGUCAUCGGGAUCGGCAGGUGCUUUGAUUGGUAGUUCACUGGCGUUUGCGAUCGGUGACAAGAUUGGGCGAAGACGGGAAUUGCAGCUGGGAUCUUUACUGUAUCUCCUCGGAGCAUUGCUAGAAGUCUGGACGGCCCAAUCGAGCAGCUGGGGAGCAGUACUUGGUAUUACUGUUUUGAUUUUAGGAAGAGUCGUUUACGGAAUCGGCAUCGGCAUAUCGAUGCAUGCGGCGCCGACAUAUAUUGCCGAAAUGGGUCCUUCCAGUAUUCGAGGUUUGUUGGUAUCGCUCAAGGAAGCAUCGAUUGUUCUAGGUAUUCUCACCGGAUACAUGAUUGGAUACGCGUGCUCGAAACAUACUGGAGGAUGGGCGUGGAUUUAUGCAUCGAGUACUAUGUUUUCGAUGCUUAUGCUGAUAUUGUCAACCAGGAUUCCGAGAAGCUGUCGAUGGCUCAUGCUGAACAAUAUGGAAGACGAAGCGCUCGAAUCACUGCAAUUUGUGUUCACAGAGGAGCAAGCUCAGGUAGAAUUUUCCAACAUGAAACAAUCACACGAGGAAGCGUGUGCGUUGCUAAGCGAUGAAGAGGAAGAAAAGACCGUCUGGCAUCGGUCAUACCGAGCGCCGCUCAUUGCGGGCGUUGGACUUGUCGUACUCCAACAAAUUACCGGACAACCGUCUGUCUUGUCCUACGCCACUCCAAUUUUCCGAGAUGCGGGAUUAUCGGACUCUGCACCCGUACUUCUCGCACUUUUCAAGUUGCUGGCGACUCUGUCGGCAGCUGUCACAGUCGAAAAAUACGGAAGGAAAAUGCUGUUGUAUACAGGCUGUUCCCUAAUGCUCAUUGGGCUAACUAUUCUUUCCUUUUCUCUGGAUGGUGGUACCUAUAUUGCCAAAGUGGCUGUCUUAGUGGCCAUGUUCGUCUAUAUCGGUGGUUAUCAAGUGGGUUUUGGUCCCAUCACGUGGCUCCUUACCAGCGAACUAUAUCCUUUGAGCAUCCGAGGCCAAGCAGUAGCUAUUGCUGUACAAAUGAACUUUUUGCUUAACACUGCAGUCCAGUUUGGAGUUCCGCUGUUGCAAGAAGUCAUUGGAUUGAGCUUCACGUUUGCAUUAUUUGGUAUACUUACAGCGUACAGCAUCUUUUUUGUUGCAACUCGUGUACCAGAAACAAAAGGUUUGUCCUUGGAGGAAAUUGAG